AUGAAAGCUGAUGCAGAAGUCAACCCCAAGGCCUACCCUCUGGCUGAUGCCACACUGAGCAAAACCAUCCUGGACCUUGUGCAGCAAGCUGCCAAUUACAAGCAGCUUCGCAAAGGGGCCAAUGAAGCCACUAAAACACUUAACCGCGGUAUUGCUGAGUUCAUCGUGAUGGCCGCAGACGCAGAGCCCCUGGAGAUAAUCCUCCACCUGCCACUGCUCUGCGAGGACAAGAACGUGCCCUAUGUGUUUGUGCGCUCCAAGCAGGCCCUGGGACGCGCCUGUGGGGUCUCACGCCCAGUCAUUGCCACUUCGGUCACCAUCAAGGAGGGCUCGCAGCUCAAGCCCCAGAUCCAGUCUACCCAGAUGGCCAUUGAGAGACUGCUGGUGUGAGCAGAGA